GGCACCCGUCCCGUACAGCCACAGAGGCGUUUGAAAGUUGAGCGCGGUUUCAUUGAAGCAGUCAGUGUUGUCGAGACGGAAAACGAAGGUAAUGUCAUGAUUUUUUCACUGUAUUGUGGAAUUUUCGAGCUUAAAGUACAACUUAGUAAACCUAAAUCAGUCUGUGGCUCUGUUAUCAGCGUUGACGUCCUGAAAAGUUUUGCGUCAAUACUACAGGGUGGUUGACGCCAUUGUGUCUCUGCCAGCGGAUAAAUGUGUAUUAAAUUAAUCAUUAUUUUGAAUAAUUUACCGGCUAUAUAGAUAAAGUUCGACGGUGUCAAUAAUUUUGGUUACCACCUUCCUACCAUACUUUUUUAUAACACUCGACAACAGUUCUCUCUUUGAAUACUGGCUUAAAACGCCCUUAUUAAAUACUAUUGGGCCAGACCUAAUUCAAAAUGUAGCAUAUUGUAUACGUUUUACGUAGUCUUACACGAUCGUGACUUCAGGCACACUCAGAAAAACUUAAAAUGUAUUAUCUUGUAAUUCGGCUUAAGUCACAAAUAUAUAAUAUGGUUAUGAAGUUGCUUUAAGGGGUUUUUAGUUGCUAUAGACACUAGCUAUUGCUUAUUUUACCUUAUUAAAACAGAUUGAUCAUGGUGUUUGGUAAAGUUAAAGUUGUAAGUCUUAAAAUACUCGUUUUCUUACCCAUUUGUUAUGUACCAUCCAUGUCUAGAAUGGCCUCCUCUGUUUCAAGUCCUGAGGAGGGUACGUUCAAGACCCCUAAAGCUGUCCGAGUGAUGAGCUAUGGAAGCAAUGGAGGGACCCCCAUCACCAUCCCAGCUUCACCCUUCAUGAAGAAGCUGGGCUGUGGGACUGGAGUCAAUGUUUACCUCAUGAACAGGUAUUCCUGUCAGUCAACUGUGUUAUUCUUCAGAGGAAAAAGCAGAGUGACAUUUCAGAGUCUGCAGCACUUUCAUUGUUUAUUUAUCGUGGGGUUUGCAUGGAGUUUUACGCUAAAAAAGAGAAAUAAGUCUUAACUGAUGUUCCUUGAGCUACUGGAAAACUUGUCAUGAAUGUGUGUAUAUGCGGUAAAAACAAAUUGUGUACUUUCUGUGUUGUUGAUCAACCAGGACAGGGAAGUUGAAUGCAUCUCCCUGGGCUGUGAAGAAGAUCAACAGUAAGUGUGCAAGCAAACAGCUGGCAGAUUUUAAGCAUCGUCUGAAGGAAGAGGCAAAGAUCCUGAAGGAAAUCGACCACCCAAACAUUGUUGGUAAGAAAUGAGAGCUGUUUUGCAGUGCAAUUCAAAGCAUCAAAUCAUACAAAAAGGAGGAUUGCCCUGCACAGCACAGAUCUUAAUGUUGGUGCUGGUGGUGUCAGGAAAAAAGUUCAUGAAAAGAAAAGUUCACCUCACAGGCUUCAAGCCUGAUGAAGCCUGUAAGGUGAAACGUGUUUUUCUUUUAACCAAUAAAUAAGUUUACAUUCUGACCACUUUAUGUGCGGUGGAACUCUUUUCUUUCAAAGCAUCAAAUGUUUAUGCUCACAUAACAAAACACAACAAAUUAGUCCCUCUCAGUUUGAGGUCACAAACGUCUUAUACUUCUGCAUCAUCUGUUUAAAACUGUAAUAAAUUCCAAGCAGUUGUUUUGCUAAAGAUUGAGUUGGUGUGGACUAACGUGGCUACAAAACGUAGAAUUUUCAGUCUUAUCUUUUAUUUAUUUUUGUUCCUGAGGCAGUUUAGUUUGUGCUUUCACUAACAAAAGUAUUGAAUUCAUGACAAAUUUCUAAGAUCACUUGAUAAUGUGUCGUACUUCGGGGAACGUUCCCCAAAAGAUUUUUAAAAAAGCUGUAUCCAAUCUAAUCUACUCAGUGUCUUUCCUCCAACAUUAAAUUAAGGGUUUCGAGCCUUCACCAAGGCCAAAGAUGGGUCCGAGUGUCUGGCCAUGGAGUACGGAGGAGAGCAGUCGCUCAAUGACCUGAUAGAGAGGAGGAGAAAGGACGGAGUGAAACCUUUUCCCGUUGCCAUCAUUGAGAAAGUAGCUCUGCAUGUUGCCCGGGGCCUUCAGGUAACUCAUCUACUCUCUUUUUCCAGCACAUGUACACAAAGUCAUGCUUGAUCCCAUUUUUCAAACUUCUUAAAUCUUAAAUGACUGUUUGCUCAGGUCUGAAGUGGAGGAACAAGUAUGCUGAAAAAACAGCAUGACUGGGAUUUGUUAGAAAUUAAUACAAACUUUUUUGAGUUUAUUUAUAGGAGAGGGGAGGGAAAAAAACAGCUUUGAAAAAGUUGGAUAGAGUGGAGAUCUGAUCAGCUGUAUCUGAUGCAUUUCAGAAAAUCAGGGAAUAUCAACACUGACACGCUUUUGCAACAGUGUCAAACAGUUUUUUUUUAAUUGGGAUUUUUGAUCAACAACAAAUUGUAAACUGUACUUGCUUGCAGAUAUCUGUUAUAUAUAAAUGAGUAGAUCUCUAUAAGGUAACCUUCGAUGGUAGCUGAGGUCUCAGUGCAGGAGAGUAUAUUCCGCCUGCUUUUGCUCUCCACAUGGAUUGUGUUUCGCGGUGACAUGAAAGUCUACUGAAACCAGGACACCUCCUGUACAAGUAAAUGGAAAUUAAAAGGAUAACAGUCUUUCUAAUGUGUAAACCACUCUGUAAAGUUGCACGUUUGCCCAUGUAGAUUUGUAAAACAGAAUCAGGUCUGAGUAGAGCUCAGUUCCAUAGACAACAUGACUGCGCCUCCCCUCAUUGUAUGAAUUUGAAGCCAAAUUGCUCUUGGUAUUUUCUGGAUUUUCUCCACUUCCUAAAACCAGCAUUUAGCACCAUCAAGAGUCAAUCAUAGAAAACAUGAACCCCCUAAUAACUUCUAAAAAUGUACCUGUACAGAAAAAAAGGACUUGAACACAAACCAGUCUUACAGUAACUACAUGUCAAAACAAGGAGGGAGAAAAAUGUAUAUUCCGUGUAAUAAAUUUCUAAAGUUUGUCCACAACUCCAUUAAGUUUGCUGGAGGAGGUGUGAUUUAUGACCUAUACUGCAGUCAGUCACCGGAGGGUGCUGUUCUCGCAGAGGCUUUACCCAGCGAGGAUGUAGAUGGCGUCCAUUCUAUAUACAGUUUAUGGUCUGGCCUGUGUCAUGUCUGGAUCAGAUACAAAAACACCCAGAUAAAGGAAACACCCGUGUGUUUUCUUUGCAUGUUUGGAGAUUGAAACCCUCGUACAGCCGUUUGUUUGUGUGUGAAAUCAUGACAAAUAUGGAGCUUUGUGGAACAAGAGUGUGUAAACUCAGAAUUUAGAAAGACCCUGAUUAAAUACUCAAAACAAGAAAAUCUGUUUUAAGUCUUUCAUCGAUGUCUUUUGUUAGUUUCUUGUAUUUCAUGUAGAAAAAAGAAAGAGUGAUUCAUGUCCACAGUCUGAUUCUAAUAAAACAUUCAUGGGAGAAAACACACUCCCAAGACCAGUGGUCCGUUUUCCCCUUAUCCUUUUUGUCUUUUUCAACGUCAGCCGCCUUCUAGUUUAAUUUUAAUAAAUUCGGAGGCUCUAACAGAACAAAUAAACACAGCAGGAUGUUGUUGAGCUCUGACUCUGAGGAAUGUUUUCGUUUGUUUUGUCUUUUUUUUUUUUCUACAGUAUCUCCACAACGAGAAGAAGCUGCUGCACGGGGACAUGAAAUCCUGUAAUGUCGUCAUCAAGGGUGAUUUUGAGACUGUUAAGAUCUGCGAUGUUGGCGUGUCUCUGCAGCUGGACGAGAACAUGAGAGGUAGUGAUUGUAAUCACAGUCAAAAAACCACAUGAUUUAGUAGCUUUAAUGCUCUGGGUGAGGGGUAGAUGGAUUAAAAUAAGUCUCCUACAGAGUUUUUUGUUUGGAUCUUAACAAACAACAAACAUGAUUUCCUCUGCUCCUCAAAAAUGAUUAAUCAGAAAAGUCUGGAAACAGUUAUUUAAUUUCAGAAACACAUUUGAGGGGCAGGGUAGGGAAAUUUUGUGCCCGAAGAACUUUAUUUUGGAAGCAACUCAAGAGGCUCUCAUACAGCAGGAAGGCCAGAGCAAAAUCCCUCGUCACCUUUUUUUAAUUUUUUUUUUUAAUAUAUUAAAUUGAAAAACAAAAUUGACGCCAGCAACACUUUUGUGAAAGUUGGGACAGUGAAAACAACACAGGGAGAGUUGCACCCUGGAGGAACAUUAUUUCACCUGUUGAAUUCAUUAUAGAGAGACGGCUCCUUGUAUGUAAAGAUGGCAAAAAGUUCAAUAGUUUGUAAGAGACUGCGAGAGCAAAAAGUUAGGCAAAUUCAAAAUAAUUCUCCUAGGCCUAAAAAUUCAAAAAGAGUUCAUCAUUUACAGUACAUAGUAUUAUUAAAAGAUUCAAAGAGCCCGUCUGUGUGCAAAAAGGCUGAAGACCAACACUUGAUGGAUCUCUGGUGGCACUGGGAUAAAAACACGACUGUAGUGGGAAUAAACUGCAUGGGCUCAAAAAGCCAUUUUUCCCCUAACACAGCUGAUUACUGCAUCUGCAAAUGUGAGUAAAAAUUCUGUCAAUCAAAGGGAGAAACUAGAGGUAAAAAUCAACCAGAAGUGUUCGUAAAUUCUCGGGCCCAGUGUAUGUAAGAUGGACUGAGGCAAAAUAGAGAACCGACAGACUGUAAACUGACAAAUCAGAAUCUGACUCUUUUUUUUUUGUACCCGAUUAUAAUUAACACAAUAAAAUGUUAAAAUUCAAGACAAGAUAGGGAAAAAUAGCUAAAAUAGAGGUAAAGAGAUAAAGAAGAGGUGAUAUGACAUGAUGGCAAAUGUGUAACUGCCAUCGAGUUUUUUGGUUUAAUUAGAUUUGAUACGUUGUUUUUGUGCCACUUUUAAUCAAACAGAUCAAAGUCUAUUUUUAUCAACAUAUUACACAACGUCUAAGCCUUUACGGUGGACAGGUUUUCCAUGUUCUCAGGACUGAGUUAGAAAAUCUGUGUCAAUAUGAUGAGUGCACAGCUAAUUCUGGUCCUUUCAGAGGAUCUGUGUGUCAAUAAUAGAAACACUGUGUCCACAUGGGACUGAUUACACCAUAGGGUAAAAGACCAGGCAGAGAUCAUUUCAGGGGAAAACAACUGUUUACAACAGUUGAUUAACUUUGUUUGUGUUUCCAGACAUGUAAAGCAGGUGGUUCCAUUCAGACUGCAGGCCACAGUUACCUCAGAUGUGACCCGCAUCUGUUUUUUCUAUACCCAUGAGAACAAUGAAAAUCAUGGAAAGUCAGAUCUGUUACAUGCUUUUAUUUCACCCUUUAUUUAGGAUCUUUUUCAAAGAUCUGGAUCCUGCUUUCUUGUUUCAUUGAUAAAAUGACAUUCAAAAGUUUUCUGUCUCUCAAGUGUCAGACCCGGACGCGGAGUACAUCGGCACAGAGCCGUGGAAACCGAAGGAAGCUCUGGAGGAGGAACACGGAGAGAUCACUGACAAGGCGGACAUGUUUGCCUUUGGUCUGACUCUGUGGGAGAUGAUGACGCUGAGCAUGCCUCACCUGGAAAUGCUGGGGGACGAAGAUGAUGACGAAGAGUGUGAAGGUGAGAAUCCUAACUGAACCCACUAUCUCUCUCGUGAUUUGUAUUUUAGAAGUAUCGCCAACUGAUGAACUUCUGUGUUUGUCCUUCAGACGACUCGUUGGAGGAGAGUUUUGAUGAGGACGCCUACUACGAGCGGUUAGGGACGAGGCCGUUGCUGGAUACGGAGGCUCUGGGCAGCUCGUACCGCAGGAUGGUGGAGCUUUUCUAUGUCUGCACAGAGGAAGACCCCAAGAAGAGACCCUCAGCCGCACAGGUGGUCCAGGCUUUGGAGAACAACGCCCCACUUAAGAAAACACCUGCUGAGGUGAUCGUUAUUGACUAAUUUAAUCAAUUAUGCAUUAUCUUCUUAGAGCUGACAGAUAUUUGAUCAGUCGUGUUUACUGAAAUAUAGAUACAGCCCUGACCCGCUGUUUCCUUUAUCUACUCGACGUUAUUACAGAAACACACUUACUGAUGAAGCUGUUGGCUCUCACAACCAUCUCCACUGUAUUUAUGUCUUUAAUGUUGCAGCUCUUUGUAUGUUUUCAUUGUUUUUCCAUGUUUGUUUGACUCCUAUACUGUGACCGUUUUUACUCUUUACUCCUGAAUCAUGUAGAAAAUGUCAUGUGUUUUUUUGUGUUGCUGCACCGCUCUAAAAUUUGAUUUUUCCUCAAACUCAUGAGAUUUUGUGUCUUUUUUUGACCUUUUUAAUGUUGUGCAGAAGACCUGUCAGUGUCUGACAAUUAUAGCUAAAAUCAUCGCUCUUUUAUCAUACUAAAACAACAUUUGAAUUUCAGUCUAAAAUUCAAGAGUUUAAAAUAGGAAAAUAGAUCAGUGUCAUACUCCCAUCUGCAGUAACUAAAGGUUGUUACACCACUUUGUGUCCAAGAUUCUUAUUCUUUGUACUCUGGUAUUAAUUAAACACCCACUCUAAUGAAAA